AUGGAGCAUGAAGACAAUUCCUCCGGCGAGAUUCCGACCAGUACGAGACGAAUGUACGACUGUUCCUUCUGCAAGAGAGGCUUCACAAACGCACAAGCCCUCGGCGGCCACAUGAACAUCCACCGCAAGGAACGUUCCAAAUCCAAACGCUACCUCUCUUCUUCCUCCUCGUCUUCUUCUUCUUCCACGACUUAUUCUCCGGCCACCGAUUUCUCAAAGCCUAAUCUCUCCGCUUCUUCCCCGUCCUUUUACCCCAUCGUGGAGUCAUGCCAAGGCGGCGUCUACACGUACGACGACAACAACGGAGGGCUUUUUCGCGCACGUGCGGAACGUGUUCCCCUCAACACUAACCCUAGGGGGCAAUUUGGCCAUUACUACGGCCAGAACGACGUCAUCUCUCACGAGGAGUUUCUUGGCGUGGAUUUGAGCUUAGGGCUUAGAUCCAUGCACUUCGGCGACGGUGGUCGGAGGUCGCCGGAGGAUGGAGUGGCGAACGGCGGAACCAACGAUCUUGAUCUUGAGCUUCGACUUGGUCAUAACAAUCGUUAA